AUACGCUCCACCCCUCGAAUGAGCGUCCCUAUUGGUUGGCUGCUAUCGCGGGGUGCAGGAAAGAGCAAUUGGGAACACUUGGAGUAAGUUCAGGGAGAGUGCCGAAGUGCGAAGAGAAAGUUCGGACGCGUUUAGAGUAGAGCUUCUCGGAACUGAGGAGAAGCAUCCAUUUUUUCCCUUCUGAACAAGAAAAACGCAUUUUCAUCAUGCGUAUGAAUCGGAAUUUAAGGUUUCUGUCGCUGAUCUGUGCUUUUAUUACAUUCCUGCAGAGCUUAGACACUGCCGCAGCAUUAACGCCCUUGAAAAGCCGGUCGCUUGUGAGGAAUCGCCGACAAGUGUACUUAACAGACCUACAGCCUGGAGCAAGCUAUCCAAACAGGAGCGUCGUCAUUCAGCAAAGUCAGAGGGUCCCCGAGUACGGUCCCUGGGGGCCAUGGACUGAAAGCAGCCCCUGCUCAAGAUCCUGUGGUGGAGGAAUAGCUUAUCAAGACAGAAUAUGCUUGGAUGUGAGAGCGGACGGACGACAUAGUUGCAUUGGUGCAUCAAGAAGAUAUUUUUCUUGCAAUGUGGAUGAUUGCCCGCCAAAUUCUAAGGACUUUAGAGCAGAGCAGUGCGCAAGGUUUAACUCUGUGCAGUAUAAAGGAAAAUAUUACAGCUGGAUACCAUAUUACAGUCCUCAAGCUCCGUGCGAGCUGAACUGCAUGCCAAAGGGUGGCAAAUUCUACGCCAGGCUCGACAUCCGAGUGAUCGACGGAACGCGAUGCAGGGACGACGGAUCUUUCGAUGUGUGUGUGGAUGGACAAUGCAUGGCUGUUGGCUGCGACAAAGUGCUGGGGUCCACCACCAAAGUGGAUGAGUGCGGCGUGUGUGGAGGAGACGGGAGUUCGUGCAGAGUUAUCAGAGGAGUUUUCGAUGAAGAUAACUUCGAAGUGGGUUACAAUGACAUGCUACUGAUUCCUGUUGGAGCCACAUCCAUUUCAAUUCAAGAGGUUCAGCCGACGAAUAAUUUCUUUGCUUUGCGCAAUGCUGCCGGCGUGUUUUAUUUGAAUGGCAACUGGAGGAUUGAGUUUCCAAGAGAGAUCAAGAUUGCCGGAACUAUCUUCCAGUACGAAAGAAGACAGAGGAAUGCGGCUCCCGAAGUGCUCCGGGCUCGGGGACCGACCAACGAACCUAUUUUCGUAGUGCUGCUGUAUCAAGAGAAGAAUCUGGGCAUCAGUUACGAAUACUCCAUUCCUGUCACGACAAAAGUUGCCGAACCCGAUUCCUAUGAAUGGACAUUCGGCGAGUUCGAGGAGUGCUCACAAGCGUGUGGAGGAGGCGUGCAGUACCGACCGGUGCGCUGCAUUCGCAAAAGUGACAGAGACAUUGUAGACGAAGGAUUAUGCGAUCCUCCACUGAAGCCGUCCGUCAAUGCCUCUUGUAAUACAGAUCCAUGCCCCUCCGGUUGGCAGGUUGGCGAGUGGAGUGCUUGCAGCCAAUCUUGCGGCGGAGGUACACAGUUUCGCCUUGUGUUUUGCCACCAUUCCAAGGAGGGUAGCACGGUGCUGAUCCCAGACGAGAUGUGCGAGGAGGACAAGCCAGUGUUCAUGCGAGCCUGCAACGUAGAGACUCCUUGUCCUGACUGGGUACCCGGAGAAUGGUCAGAGUGUGAUCGCACGUGUGGGAACGGCAAUCGAACUCGCACUGUGGAAUGUUCUUCUGAGGGAGAGACGCUCGACUCGUCUUUGUGUGAUGCUGAGAAAAAGCCGGAAGAGUUUGAAAGUUGCUCCCUCGGACCCUGUGAAGGAGUGGAGUGGAUAGUCUCCGAAUGGAGUAAGUGUGAAGACUCUUGCAGUGCCAGCGUGCAGUCGAGAGAAGCGCACUGCGCGAAUGAGGACGGCGUGGUAUUCCCGGACGAUGCCUGCGAUCCAAUUAAAAUGCCAGAAUUGACCAAGCCCUGUCCGAAAUCAGCGCUGUGCGAAGCCAUGUGGCACACAUCCGAAUGGUCAGAGUGCUCCGUGAAGUGCGGUCAAGGCGUCCAGAGCAGAUUAGUCUUCUGCGGCACCUGGGAAAAUGAUUCGGUCAUCAAGAUCGCCGACGACAAGUGCGACCCGGAGAAGAAAUUCGACAGUAUCCGGAACUGCAGUGCAGAAUCAUGUGCCGGGAUUUGGUUCACCGGACCGUGGAACAGAUGCUCCGUGCCGUGCGGAGGAGGCGAAAGGACGAGGAAAGUGCUAUGCUUCCACGAAGAUGAGGUCGUGGAUCCUGAUCAGUGUGACCCGGAAGAAGAACCCUUUGCUACCGGAACGUGCAACAUGACACCUUGUGAUGAAGACGAGAUGAUGACACUCGGUGGGUGCAAGGAUUCCAAAUAUGGCUGCUGCCCCGACGGCAUCACGCCAGCUGGCUUCAACGACGAGGGCUGCCCUAAAAGGAACAUCGCAGACACCAACUUCACCUGCGAGGAGACAGAGUACGGCUGCUGUGCUGAUAAUUUUACUUUGGCUUUGGGACCUUUCAAGAAAGGCUGCCCAUCACUCAUCUCUUGCAAUUCCACCAAGCAUGGCUGCUGUCCAGAUGGUGUCACUGAGGCAUCCGGACCCAAUUUCGAGGGCUGUGAAGACAUUGAAGUAAGCAACUGCACCAACACCACAUAUGGUUGCUGCCCAGACGGCCUGACCGCAGCUGCAGGAGAAAAUAUGGAAGGGUGCGAAAUCUCUUGUGAAAACACCACCUUUGGUUGCUGCCCCGACGGCGUGAGAGCUGCAAGUGGUCCGGAAAGGGAAGGCUGCGAAAAUGCAACGACCGCCUUCCCUGUAGAUAUCGAAUCCUCGGGAGAAGACUGUUAUUCGCAAGAAUUCGGAUGUUGUCCGGAUGGUCUCACUCCAGCAAGUGGGGUAGACCAGGAAGGAUGUGAAGGCAAUGCCACAGAUUGCAAGACGAGUGCUUUUGGAUGCUGUGACGAUGGAGUAACUUAUGCCCAAGGACCAUCUAAGUUUGGAUGUAUAGAUGAUGAAAGCAGUGGCGAUGGUGAUUUGAUAAUCUCGUGUGAAACGACUAUUUUCGGAUGCUGCCCUGAUAAUGUUACUGUUGCUAAAGGUUACAAUGGAGAAGGCUGCGUACCUGAAGACUGUUCCAACUCAACUUUCGGUUGCUGUCCUGAUAAUGUUACUGUUGCUAAAGGUUACAAUGGAGAAGGCUGCGUACCUGAAGACUGUUCCAACUCAACUUUCGGUUGCUGUCCUGAUAAUGUUACUUUAGCUACAGGUCUAGAUAACGAAGGCUGUUUCCCUAAAGAUUGUUCCAACUCAACUUUUGGUUGCUGUCCAGACAAUAUAACAUUAGCUAUAGGACCAAACAACGAAGGUUGCUUACCUGAAGAUUGUUCCAACUCAACUUUUGGUUGUUGUCCAGACAAUAUCACGACAGCUUUAGGUCCAGAUAAUGAAGGAUGCUUCCCCGAAGAUUGUUCUAAUUCACUUUUUGGUUGUUGUCCAGACAAUGUAACACUGGCUCAAGGACCAAAUGAAGAAGGUUGUUAUCAUAUAGAUUGUCUUAACACCACAUUUGGAUGCUGCCCCGACAAUGAAACGGCAGCCACUGGCUCAGAUUAUGAUGGAUGUGACCUACCAGUUCACUGUGUUAACACUACUUACGGUUGCUGCUCGGACAAUGUAACAGCUGCUUCUGGGCCCAAUGAUGAAGGCUGCGCAAAUGUCACAGAUUGUGCAUCAACUGAAUUUGGCUGUUGUGAGGAUAAUGUCACUGUAGCAUUAGGUCUAGACUUUGAAGGAUGCAACAUUACAGAAAUAACAACAGUGUCACCUGAACCAUUAACUACUACCUCACCUCCUCCAGCAUGUUUAAACACAACUUAUGGAUGUUGCCCAGAUGAGGUCACUACGGCUCUUGGAAAUAAUUUGGAAGGAUGUUGCUUUGGAAUGAGAUUUGGUUGUUGCCCUGAUAAUAAGACUGCAGCCCUUGGACCAACAUUCCUUGGAUGUGGAUGCCAGACUUAUCCUUACGGAUGCUGUCCUGAUGAUAUCACUCCAGCUCAAGGAUUCAACUAUCAGGGAUGCAAGUGCGAACAUUUCCGCUAUGGAUGUUGCCAAGACAAGACAACGCCCGCAACUGGACCCAAUUUCGAAGGCUGUGUUUGUCAGCUUAUGCAGUACGGCUGUUGUCCGGAUGGCAGGACACCCAUGAUAAAUGAAAGGGGAGAAGGCUGCGGCUGUGACUCCACCCGGUAUGGCUGUUGUCCUGAUGGCAAAACUGCUGCCACAAGUGCGGAUCUGUCGGGAUGUCCUUGCGACACUCUGCCUUACGGAUGCUGCCCUGAUGGCUACACACCGGCGAGAUCCUCCGAUUUGCGUGAAUGCCCCUGCGUAGCCCAACGGUACGGAUGCUGCCUGGAUGGCAGAACUGUGGCGCUGGGACCGAACUACGAAGGUUGCCCGUGUGACUCCACCCGCUUCGGGUGUUGCAUGGAUGGCAAGACCACAGCUCAGGGACCCAACUUCUAUGGUUGUCCCUGUGAAGCGAUGCUCUACGGUUGUUGCGCAGAUGGAUACACACCAGCGCAGGGACCCAAUUACAAAGGCUGCCCAGAUAUAGUCCAACCAAAGCCUAAAAUUCCAACUGAGGUGUGUGGACUUCCUAAAGACUCUGGACCGUGCAGGAACUUUAGCGUCAUGUGGUAUUUCGAUGUUAAUUACGGCAGUUGUUCAAGAUUCUGGUACGGUGGAUGUGAUGGUAAUGGAAAUAAAUUUGCAACUGUCGAAGAAUGUGAAAACACGUGCGUGAAACCUGAUGGUCCUGAGGCUUGUUUGCUGCCCAAAACCGUUGGAUCCUGCAACGAGAAGAUUCCAUUGUGGUACUACGAUGCAGGAUCGGAGAGCUGCGAAUCUUUCACUUACGGUGGCUGUCUGGGUAACAACAACAGAUUCGUGACCAAGGAAGCAUGCGAACAGAAGUGCAUCAAUCUUCAGCCUCCAGUUCCAGUAAAUGUGUGCGAGCUGCCGAAGGACGAAGGCCCUUGCGACAAGCCGACCGUGCAAUGGUAUUACAACAAAGAGAACUCGAGAUGUGAACAGUUUUACUACGGAGGAUGCAAAGGAAAUGCAAACAGAUUUGAAUCGAGGCGAGAAUGCGAAAAGUCAUGUGUGACCGCAGUAAUUCAUGAGCAAGACAUCUGUCGUCUACCUCAGGAGAUAGGUAACUGUGCCGAGUUCCGGGAGAGGUGGUUUUACGAUUACGAUAACGGGGAGUGCCACAGGUUCAUGUACAGUGGAUGUGACGGAAAUGAGAAUAACUUCGCUUCCUUCGUCGAGUGCGAGAAGAGGUGCAGCAAGGAGACGGUGCCUGAGGAACCGGUGGACCGACAGUUCAAGACAGAAUAUUGCUUUCUGAAUCAAGACCCGGGUCCAUGCAAUCUCGUAGAAGUGAACUGGUACUAUGACGCAGGUGAUGGCGUCUGCAAAGAAUUCUAUUACGGAGGCUGCAAGGGCAAUCAGAAUCGGUUCAAAACUCGAAAGGAAUGCGAGACAUCGUGUUUCCAAGCACAAGAUGUUUGCAGCCUUGCAGUUGUUAAAGGUUCAUGUAGCGGAUCCUUCACGCAGUGGUAUUACGACAAAGAACAAGAGGACUGCUUCGAAUUCAUCUUUACCGGCUGCCAGGGCAACGCAAACCGCUUCAACACCAAAGAGAGCUGCUACCAGAGGUGCAAGAAGGAACUGCUCACGACUCCAGCCCCAGCAGUGGCUGACGAUGUUUGCGCCCUGCCGCAAGAGCCAGGCCCCUGUUUGGGAUAUUACCGAAUGUGGUACUACGACACAUCAGAUAAUAUAUGUAAAUCCUUUGUGUACGGAGGAUGCGAAGGGAAUGGGAACAGAUUCGAAAAAAGAACUGAUUGUGAAGCUACUUGUGUAAAGAAGACGGUCAAAGUUCAACCACCUGUACCCGUGACAUACACCCCUCCAAGAACUUCAAAUGAAGAUGUCUGCCGACUCCCCGUUGAGCCCGGUCCUUGCAACGAAGCCCAUCCAAGAUGGUUCUACGACGCCCAGACCCAAAACUGUCUUCCCUUCGUAUUUGGUGGAUGCGGAGGCAAUAAAAAUAGAUUCAAGACAUCCGAAAUCUGCUUGAGAUUCUGCACUGGGAUAACAGCCAUUCCGCCAGAAAGACGCCCCCAUGUUGCUCCGACGACGACUCCCACUCCAGAACCGACGCAGUGCCCUCCGUCCAACUGCGCAAAUAUCCAGUGUCCAUUCGGCAUCGAAGAAUCUUUUGAUUUCAAUGGCUGCUCAUCGUGCAGAUGCUCUAACCCGUGCGAGGUUCAUAACUGCCCUGACGGAAGCAGAUGCGCAAUCGACGUUGUGCGCACGUCAAGGGAAGGAAUACGGACGGAACCCGUAUGCAGAAGAGUAAGCAAGCCUGGUGUCUGUCCUGUGGUCAGUGGUCCCGGAAGAGACUGCGAGACCCGGUGCAGGGACGACGCUGACUGUAGGGGAGACCACAAGUGCUGCAACAAUGGAUGCGCCAUGACUUGCGUCCCGCCAGAAGAUGAACUCUUAGUUCCAGCUACGCAACCAGAACCGGCUCACAUUAUUCCGGGACCCAAUGUAACUGAAGGCCAAAUUGGAGAACCGGCAGAGCUGCCUUGCAAUGCUGUUGGCUGGCCCAGACCGACUGUAACCUGGUGGCGAGAUACCACUAUGUUACCGCUGUCUAGCAGGCGGUACGAGCAAUUGUCCAGCUACGCUCUGCUCAUAAGGUCUGUGGCGUAUGAAGACGCAGGCGAGUACUCCUGCCAUGCUCACAAUGGCAUUGGUUCUGGUGCUCUUUUCAAAGUCACCCUCAUAAUCGAUCUACAACCGGAACCUUUGCCACCUGCUGGAGGUGAAGAACCAGAUUUCAAUUCUAGGGACUCGGAACCUGUAGCACCAAAGCCCUUUGAGUUCGCACCUCUUGAGACACGUGUCAGUCUCGUCACCAACGAGCCAACUGCCGGUGCUCCCCUGCAGAUAGAUUGUUCUGUGAAAGGUCCUUCAGAAGCAGUGGAAGUCACUUGGCGCCAUCAAAAUCAGGUCAUAGUAGAAAGUGAUCGCAAAAGAUUGCUAUCGAAUCACACACUGUUCCUCACCAAAGCUGAGGUCGCUGACAGCGGGGAAUACAGAUGCAGUGCCGAAUAUCAAAACAGCUUUUCUACAUCCGCUAUUCAUAUAACGGUGAAAGAAGCCUCUCCAAACACCACCUGCAUUGAUAAUCCACAGUUUUCUAACUGCGAAGUGAUAGUUCGAAACAGGUAUUGCAACAAUAAAUUCUACGGAAAGUUUUGCUGCGCGUCUUGUAUGAAAGCAGGACAGCUGCCAGCGACCCCAGAUGCGUGAGAGAAAUCAACUGUUGCCACCAAGUGGUGCUAAAAACUUUAAAUAAAGUAGAAAGAAUGCGCUGCCAUUCUGAUACGAAGUCAAGAAACACAUCGCCGCUUUCCUCCAGCACUUUUUUUUAAAGAAUUGAUUUAUUUUGUAUAUAAAAUCGUAAUUUUUUUCUUUUCAUUAUUCCGUAUGAAUAAUUCUUGAGUAUUUUUAAGGCUAUAUUAUUUUCUUAAAUGAAUUUUUCAUGCAACUACAUUCUAAGCACAGUUUGCCGCCAUGUUGCAGUUGUUACUAAAUUUGGGACGUGAAAUCAUUCAUAAUAGAAAAAAAAAAUUAAAGAUAAACUCUAUUUAAUUAAUUAUCAUGGAUUUUAUUUCGUUGUCAUGCAUGCAAUAUGUUUUCACGCAUUAGUUUCAUUAAAUUAUCGAAACGUGAAAACAUAAAACUUUUCAACCAUCGGUGUCCACUUCGUAUUAACAAAGAGGCUUUGCGAUGUUAUUUUUUGUUUGAAAUCCAAACAAAAUUCAACAUUAUAGCAUUUCAAGCUUAUUUUUGGCUGAUUUCCAGAUUUCAUUGCUAUAAUAAUAUAUCUCUGUCUGUAGUUUUAAAUAUAAAUAACUGGAGGUAGUUACUUAUAUGUAAAAUAAUAUUCAAUAGAAAUAUCGGCUUUUACGGAAAUCUUGAAAACUAUUGAUAAAAUAAAACCGAAGAAGUGAUAACUUAGUGCAAAAAUAUUUAUUUACACAUUAAAUAGAAGAUUCUUAUAUCAUAAAAGAUAUUAAGAUUUUUAGUGAAAAGAUACUAAUAUCAUAUUUAUAAAUAAAUUAUUUAUUAAAAUAUUAAUUACAAAAGAAAAAAACUUACGAAAGAUUAAAUCCGUAUGCCGGGGACAAUUCAUCUUGUGACGAUUUCCAGGUUCAAUGAGCUUUUACUCAAUAAGAUCUUCACACCAAACAUUCAACAAACUGACUUCAGUUUUCAAGUUCAAAUUGGAAAAUUUUGAUGUGUAAUAUCUCAUAUGCCUUAUUGUCGAUACUCCUGAUGCUACUUUUGUCUCUAUAAAGCAUUUCUUGAAAAUCAUUUUUAUGUAUGAUACUUUGUACUAGUCUGAAUGAUGGUUAUUUAUACAUUAAAUGUGACAUCUGUAUAUUAGGAAUUGUCUAUAAGAAGUAUUUUUUAAAAUAAAGUGUUUUAAUGGA